UGGGCGAGGAACACCUCUCACCAGCUGCGCCUGAGCCGCGGCACUCAGGCCACAGCUGUCUCCGCAGCCACUCAUAUCUGGAUACCCUCAUGGUUCAAGAUUCCACUGCAAUGAGUUGGUGGAAGAACAAUUUCUGGAUCAUCCUAGCUGUGACCAUCAUUGUUGUCUCAGUGGGCCUGGGCCUCAUCCUGUACUGUAUCUGUAGACGGCAGCUUAGACAAGGCAAGAGAUGGGAAAUUACCAAGCCUUUGAAACAAAACCAAACAGAUGAAGAAGAGAUGUAUGAGAAUGUUCUUAAUGAAUCACCAGUUCAAUUACCCCCUCUGCCACCCAGGGAUUUUCUUUCUCCAGAGGACUCUUCCCCACAGGAAACCCCAAGUCAGCCACCAGUUACAUACUCAUUGGUAAGCAAAGUUAAAAAUAAGAAGACCAUUUCCAUCCCAAGCUACAUUGAGCCUGAAGAUGACUAUGACGAUGUUGAAAUCCCUGCAAAUACUGAAAACCAUCAUUUUGAAACAAGCAUUUCUUCUUUUUUGGCAAGCUGAAAAGGGUUCACAUGGCUUUUUUAAAAAACAAUCAAGAAUAAUUGAACUUCAAUAGGUGUCCAGAUCCUGAAAGACAGUGGUAUUUUAUGAAGCUCUACAAGAUAAAGCACUUUCUGAACCUUAGAUGAAGGUGGUUGAGCAAUCAAAUGACUGCAACCAGAGGA